UCUCGACCCAAUGACAACCCAAAACGGGCCGAAACUCUGACCUCACGAGAAACAAGUUCGGAGCGCCCGGGACCGGAAACUGAGGUCUCCUCUCCAAUUCAGGAUUUCUCGCAUCACUCAAACCUCUGUGAAAUUCGCAAUAACCGACACAAGAGAGAGAGGGAGAGAGAGGAAGACUCAGAGAGAGAAAAUCCUACAAUUGGCAGUGGGGCCAACAUGGACAACGGAGUGGCGGGUGUCGGUCUCGCCACGGCGGAGGACCAAUCGUCGUCGUCGUCUCCGGCGGCGGCGCUGUCGCGGUGGAGCUUCGCCGUGUCGAGGCGGUACCAGCACCUCCUCGACAAGGCGACACCGCACGUUCUCCACCGGUGGAUCGCGUGCCUGGGCGUGGCGUUGGUCUACGCUCUCCGCGUUUACCUUGUCCAGGGCUUCUACAUCGUCUCGUACGGCAUCGGGAUCUACAUCCUCAACCUCCUCAUCGGCUUUCUCUCUCCUCAGGUCGAUCCCGAGACCGCCGAUGGCCCCACCCUCCCCACCCGCGGCUCCGACGAGUUCCGCCCCUUCGUCCGUCGCCUCCCCGAGUUCAAAUUCUGGUACUCUUUCUUUAUUCCAGCAUUUCGAUUUCAUUCGCGAUC